AUGUCGCUGUCCGCGACCCCGGAAGUAGAAGCGGCGCUUGACCUCGAGCCCUCGUGGUGCUGCAGCGGGGAUCGCGACGUGAUGCUCGGGCUGCUGGCGGCACAACUCCGGGGCGCCGCGCCCCGGUUGCUGUUGGCUGGAGUGGGGCCAAAAUUACCUGCCGUGGUCAGUCACGCCAGCCUAUGCCAUGCAGCCCACCCAGAGUCUGUGGUGUGGCCCUGCGAGGUGGCCGCCCCCGUGUAUGCGCCCAUGCGCCAGGCAUGGCUGGAGUCUCUGCGCGGUUUUGAUGUCGAUCAGUUGGGCCUCGUCGAACUCCACCCGGACGUGUUCGGUGUCCCCCCACGGCUUGACAUCCUACAUCAAGUCUUAAUAUGGCAGAAGACUUUCAAGAGGAUUAGCUACGCGAAAGCGAAGACACGCGCUGAGAUGCGUGGCGGUGGUCGCAAGCCGUGGAAUCAGAAGGGCAGCGGACGCGCACGGCACGGCAGCAUCCGGUCCCCGAUCUGGAAAGGAGGUGGCGUGGCGCACGGCCCUCGGGGCCCGAUCAGUUACUACUACAUGCUUCCUAUGAAGGUUCGCGUCAAGGGCCUCACAGUUGCCCUCAGUGUAAAGCACGCACAGGAUGACUUGCACAUCGUGGACUCCCUGGACAUACCCACGGCCGACCCCCAGUACCUGCUCGACCUGGCGGAGUACAGACAAUGGGGCGACUCCGUCCUCAUCGUGGACGUGAAUGAACAGAUGCCAGAGAAUAUCCUGGAGGCAACAGAAAAACUGAAGACCAUCACUGUGAUGCCUGCAUUGGGGCUGAACGUGUACAGCAUGCUGAAGUACCACACGCUGGUGCUCACAGUUGACACAGUGCGCUUCCUUGAACGCAAGCUGCUCUGGCACAAGGAUCGCUACGGGCCGAUCUACCCAAUGAAGCUGCCCUACACCGGGAUGCCCUGAUGAUGAUGCGGCAGGUGCCGAGAUCACCUGCAGGAUACCGAUGGAAGGUGUUCACUGGACUCAAUACGUUUAAGAUUUCACGGAUAUGAUGUGAAAUGUAAAAUGUUAUCAUCUGUUUUGUGCUUUUUUCUUCUAUAAUUGUAUCUAUUACACUUGACUUAUUCGGCAAGCCUUAAUUUCGGUAUUGGCGAACGAGGGUGCAGAUGUGCACUUAGAUGUAUUAUGUACUUCAUCAAGUUUUUGGCGAGUAUUUGUUAAAAUGUAUACAUUUUGUCUGAUAAUUACAUUGAAACUUGGGUAAUAAACAUUGUACAUCUUAAAA